AUCUAUUGUCAGAACCCCCUAUCUAUGUGUGGCACAGCAUUAUGGUAUAUUAAAUGGACCAACAUUACAAAUUGCAUUUUACCUUCGACAAAUAUAUCCAGAACUUGGGCUGUAAAAUCUCUUCAUAUUCAUCACGAGACCACUGCACUAAUGAUGGCCUGGCAUAAAGUAACCACAAGUGGGAAACAUUUGGAAAACACUGUGACUGAGAGCAUUACCGUCUGGGAGCGGAUUCGUACUUCAUCUGCCAGUAGGUUUUUUCAAGAGAAUACACUUGGUAAUGCAUUAGAGACGACCACACUUUUACCUGUGCAAAUACAGCUUACUCCUGUUAACUUGAACUCGGAAAAAAACAGUGCUCUACCAACUGAUGCCUCUUCUGUGUCAGGAAAAACAUCUCUAAUUUGUACCCAAGAAGCUGAGAAGUUGAAUGAGGCAUUCGACAUUUUGCUAGCUUUUUUCAUCUUAGCUUGUGUCGUAAUCAUUUUUUUGAUCUACAAAGUUAUUCAGUUUAAACAAAAAUUAAAGGCACUAGAAAACUCAGUGGAAAAUAGACUUGAGUAUUACAGCUUUUAUCAGUCAGCAAGGUAUAAUGUAACUGCCUCAAUUUGUAAUACCUCCCCACAUUCUUUGGAAAGUCCUGGCUUGCAAGAGAUUGGACUUCAUAAACAAAUUGUUCCUGAAAACGAGGCACAGGUCAUUCUCUUUGAACAUUCUGCUUUAUGACUCAGACUCAACUAAAUAUUGACUAUAAAAAAACCCUGUAGUGCCAUGUGGGCAUAAAAUUUAAUCCUUCUUACAGAAUUAUAUACUUUACUUGGAAACAUAAUAAAUUAUGUGAUGU